UUAAGUGGUUGGAUGUGUUAGAUCAACUCCAUCUUCUUGAACCAGACUAGUGGAAUCUCCCUAACCAGAUAAGUGCAGAAUCCCAUGUUCCCCAGUUCAGCUGCUCCUUUUAACAUCAUGUGCUCAAAUCAUUGUACCAGAGGUCAAAUCAGUCUUCUAACAAAAAAUGGGAGGGCAGUUUCGUACCAAAAGCACAAAUUUAUCAAGGCGCAGUUUGAAACAAGAACAACAUAGUAUUAUAACCCAAGAACUCCCUGGGCUUUAAAACCAGUUUCAGGAAACACGUGGGUCUCAAACGACUUUUGUGUCCUAGUUCUCUGUACUUGAGGUUUUGAAUCACGGGAGCGCAAAGACACUGAGGCUCAUAUUGCGGCGGUUGUCGGUCGGAAAACUCGGUUUCCGGUGAGAUGAAGGAGAAAUCGCAGUACCCAACUGGUUUGGCCGGGGAGGGCAAAGCUAGAAAUGACGGCAGAAGAGACGAGAAGCAGAAAUUAGAAGUGGGUAGAGCGAUUGAACAGGUUAGAUACAAACGAAGCUCGAACUUGGAUGAGAUAAUGAAAGAUGGAGCAAGUGCGUCCCUUACUGAACAUGCUCCUGAAUCAAGCAGCUUAAAUUUGCCAGAAGCCAAAGGUCCAAAGCAAAAAGUACAGGAUGGUCAUUCUACCAAAACCAAAUGCAUUUCUGUUCUUGCAGGUCAAGGCACUCAAGAUGAACAGUCUCCAGGAGGUGGGAAUGCAAAACAUGAAAGUGAAAAGAUCCAGCGGCUGUCCAAAUCCAAGAAGAAGAAAGAUCUUAACUUGCCUCGUCGUGCUUCUAAGCGACUAGCUGGUAUUGAAGUUGAUACAGUGCCAGAACUGAAAGCAAGCACUCGAGCACGUCGAGUUGGCAGCAAACAGUCGGAUAAUUCGGCUGGUUGUACAUUCCAACAGCCAGAAAAGCAAGAUUUUGCUUCUGUUGUUCAGGAAGAGCAUGAUAAGGCUGAAGAGAAGCCUGGAGUUCCUCCGGAUUCGCCUCUUGCUGAUUUCUUCACAGAUCCAUGCAUUGCAUUUGCAAUAAAGACUCUAAAGGAUCAUUCGGGGAACGGAGAAACAGAUAUGAGCUAUGAGAAGCAGGAAUGCAAUGUAUUUCCGCCUCCAGGCAACUUGGUUAAACAAGAAAAACAUGAUGGCAUAGUUGGAACUGGUGAGAAGUCGGGAUCAUCCAUUACUGAACCGCCUUUCGGGAGUUCAUGGCCGGACCCCUGCAUUGAAUUUGCUAUAAAGACUCUCACUGGUGCAAUCCCACUCGAGUAUGACCCGCAUAUCGAGGAGUACUUCCAGAAGCAACUUGGUUCAUCACAACAACACAAGGACAAUCUUUUGCAAAAAGAGAUUGCCUGACCAAAGGUUUCUGCAAUGUUUAACUCCCCAUGUGUGUUUUCAAGUUUAGCUUUAGAGUCUGUAUUAGCAUAGCGUUAUGUGCAAUCUAAUUUGUUCUUAAUACUGAUUGUUUGGCCUUUGAUUAAUCUAACGCUCCAAAUGAUGUAGAAGACACUGUUAGCAGCAACCUUUUAAGGUUUUUCCUUCUGUUUAUGUUUACAUUUGACCAGUAGUACUUCCAGUA